AUGACCCUUAACGAGGAACAGACCCGCUCUCGACAGCGUCGUGGUCGUGGUGGUUCGGGGAGCGGCUCCAUUUCGGGUUCCGCAUCGCCCUACAGCUCCUACCAGACAUCUCCCUCUCCAUUUCCCUCUCAUUCUCCUCCCGCUCCCGGUGUGGCACCCACUCCUGCUCCUGCUCCUGCUCAUCCGGCACUUCUGAGAGUUGCGGAGUUUGUUCGACAGCCGGGUCGUGACCAUCUUCCAUAUCUCACUCAGUAUCCACGUGGACGGGGUCAGACAUGGUUCGACCGAUCCGGGAACGGGAUCAGCGGAUGGAUCAACAGUAUGAUGUACUCGUCCCUCGACAAUGGACAUCCGACUUUCACCGACUUCCCUCUCGAGAAGCAGCAUAUGUGGUUUCAACAGUUUGCGCAACAAUUCAACUGGAAUGCCGAUGAUACGUUGUUUAUCUAUUACCACUUCGUCCAUAAAGUUAUGGACAACUAUAGGAAGCAGAUGCACUCGUGGAAGAAGAAGUUCCAAAGGGGAUGGACCCGACGGUCUGGCGGGAGUUGGGUGUGCAUUGGAGUAAGAACGAAGUGA